AUGUCAGCGGGGCUGGUCGCCGACUACGGCCAGGGUGACUGGUCGGAGGACCGUCUGGUGACGGCGCUGCGGAAAGGUGUGCAGCAGGCCGUCACCCACCCCCUGCUGCUGCAGGCUUCCAGCCGGGUCGCCGGCGUCCGCGGACAAACGCGCCGUGUCAACUUGCUGGAUCGACUGAACGAUGCAGGGCUGAUGGGGGCCCUCGUGUGCCCCCUGCUCGGCCUGGAGCUGCUGAGUGGUGGCAGACCGCGCAGCCCGUUGGUGGGGCCGGGGCUGCCGCGCGCGAGGCGCAGUGCAGGCCCGGGGUAG